AUGCAGUCUGUACGUCAAGUCGGUGCAACCAUUGGCUCGAAGGUGGGCAAGGUGGCCAUCUUAAUGAAGCACGAUGACGACACCGUGAUUUGUGCUGCAGUAAGAACUCCGAUCACACGUGCCAAGAAGGGUGGCUUCAAGGACAUGUGCAUCGAAGAUCUUCUCAGCGCAGUCCUCUCUGGCGUUGCUGAAAAGGCCCAGCUUUCCGAUAAGAGUCUGGUCGAGAAUGUUGCCGUCGGGAAUGUGUUAGCUCCAGGGGGUGCCGCCACCGUCUCGAGGAUGGCAGUCCUCCACGCGGGCUAUCCGAAUUCCACGGCAUUGAACACACUCAACCGUCAAUGCUCCAGCGGCCUCGCAGCCAUAACCCAAAUCGCAAACGAGAUUGCGACCGGCCAAAUCGACAUGGGUAUCGCUGCCGGGGUUGAAUGUAUGACGAUGGGAUUCGGCGCCGGUGCGAUGCCUGAAAAGAUGUCGGACGCGGUGACUGCCGUUCCCGAAGCGGCUGAUUGCUUGCUACCCAUGGGAAUCACCAGCGAGAAUGUCGCCAGUCAGUUUGGCAUUACCAGGAAAGAGCAGGACGAAUUUGCUGCAAAAUCGUUCGCCAAGGCUCUCGCCGCUCAACGGGCCGGAAAAUUCAAAGAAGAAACCAUUCCGGUUAAAGCUCACUGGUCUGACCCCAAAACUGGCGACCAGAAGGAGAUCGUGGUCUCUGAGGACGACGGCAUCCGUGCCGGCGUAACCGUCGAAUCAUUAUCCCAGCUCAAACCGGUUUUCAGCAAAACUGGCUCUACCCAUGCCGGGAACGCAUCUCAGGUCUCUGACGGUGCUGCUGCUGUGUUGCUGGUGAGGCGAUCGUUGGCCAAGAAGCUUGGCUUGCCGAUCUUGGGAAAGUUUUACACUUCUGCGGUGGUCGGCGUCCCGCCUCGCAUCAUGGGAAUCGGCCCGCUCUACGCGGUCAAGAAGCUCUUGGAGAAGUGCGGGAUCCGCAAGGAGGAGGUUGACUUUUAUGAGAUCAAUGAGGCAUUUGCGUCUCAGGCGGUUUACUCUAUCAAGGAGCUGGGGAUUCCGUUCGAGAAGGUCAAUCCGGUCGGUGGAGCCAUCGCCUUUGGACAUCCCCUGGGCGCCACUGGAGCCAGACAAGUAGCGACUGGCUUUGCCGAGGCCAAGAGAACCCGAGCCAACAUCUUUGUGACAUCGAUGUGUAUCGGCACCGGGAUGGGAAUGGCGGGAUUGUUCGUCAACGAACAAGCAUGA